GUAUGUUUCGGUAUAUUUCCGAGGGUCGCACGGUAUAUUUUAUCGAAGUCGCACACAUCCGAGAUAGUUCUGGAAUUUAUAGUUUUAAUUAAUAAUAAAAGUAAACUUUCUUAACUAAACAUAAGUGAAGCAGUCAAUAUGUCAGACUGGGAUUCUGUUACAGUUCUGCGGAAGAAGGCUCCCAAGUCGUCGACCCUAAAGACCGAAUCGGCCGUCAAUCAGGCUCGCCGCCAAGGCGUUGCCGUGGACACCCAACAAAAAUAUGGUGCUGGCACCAACAAGCAGCAUGUGACCACCAAAAACACUGCCAAGCUGGACCGCGAGACUGAGGAAUUGCGCCACGACAAGAUACCGCUUGACGUGGGCAAGAUCAUCCAACAGGGACGUCAGAACAAGGGUCUCAGCCAGAAGGACUUGGCCACUAAAAUUUGUGAGAAGCAGCAGGUUAUAACGGACUACGAGGCCGGACGCGGCAUUCCUAACAACUUGAUCCUCGGAAAAAUGGAGCGGGUGCUUGGCAUCAAGCUGCGCGGCAAGGAGCGUGGCCAACCAAUAGCGCCUCCCGGUAAAAAGUGAGACGAUGCUGCCGCGUCCACUGCUUGCGGCGCUCCACCAUCGAACACCUCAACACGCAACGCCAGACAGCAGCAGCAACAUCAACAGCAGCAGCAACACCAGGAGCCUGGCUGGAGUACCGUAAGCAGAAGACGCAAAUGAAGCCUUAUCGGGAGGCUCUUAACCAAAUCAAAUCGGGUUAACCAAACCACGCAGCCCAAGACACACACCGCACACACACCCAAUCCUCUUUUAUCUAUGAGCGCGCCAUAGUUCUUGAAUUUUUUGUUUGAAGCCAAAAAAAACCAUACCAAUUGCCGCGUUUCGCACACACACACAUGCACAGAUACACGAUGGCUUUAGAUACUAUUAUUACAACUAUUUGCAUCCCCCCUUUUUCUUUUUUCCUGAUAAAUUAAAUAUUGUAAUUUUUUUUUAAAUACAAAUCACAAUCACAGCCUCGGUCUCCCCUCGCAGAAGGCACAGAAACAACAGAGACAGAGAGAGUGACACGAAAGCGAAACGCAA